GGUAAUGGUUUUGGGAAAUUAGUUCCAGUGAAAAAAAAGGACAUUGCAACUGAAUGCUGACAUCGCAGCAAAGUUUAAUUUCCGUCUAAAGACAGAUCUCAUGAGACGAAAUCGAAAAUCAUAAUGGGGAAUCAAGGAAAGAGGAACUGAGAUCAAAAAAAAGAAAAAACCGCUGUCACGAGGCUUUUGGAAAUUUGUAAGACAUCAGCUAAAGGUACUGCACAUUAAGAUGUGCUUCUCUUAUAAAAACAGCCUUAGACACCUUGGAUGCUCUUUGUUUAAAAUUAAAGUUGAAAAUCACUAGACUAUUUGAUUUUGAGAUUUUUAUAAGCACUCACAGGAUGAGAGGAAUUGUUGCCUUUUACCUAACCUAUUUGCUGUGCCUGAUAUUGGGGAUCAUCUGUGUGGCAUUAGUAGUUCACUGGAAUUACAGCUAUCGAGGUGGAUUUGCAUGGGACGGCUCAGCCAAGCACUUCAACUGGCACCCGGUCUUCAUGGUCACUGGCAUGGUGGUGCUUUAUGGGAAUGCGGCCAUAUUGUACCGUAUUCCUCUGACGUGGGGUCACAAUAAGCUCCCGUGGAAGCUGUUACAUGCUGGACUUCUGCUCCUUUCUUUCAUUCUGUCUGUAAUCGGGCUUUGUGCGGUGUUCAACUACCAUAACGCAAACAACAUAUCCAACCUUUAUUCCCUCCAUAGCUGGGUGGGGAUUUGUACCACUGCACUUUUUACUGCACAGUGGGUCAUGGGUUUUAGCACGUUCCUCUUACCCUGCACUCCAAUGUCAGCACGUGCUUUUAUAAAGCCAACUCAUGUUUGGAUGGGAGGAAUCAUCUUGGUACUGAGCAUUGUGUCUUGCAUCUCAGGGAUCAACGAAAAACUCUUUUUUGCACUAAAAGAAAACACCAAUGGGACGCUGCCUUAUUCCGCAUUACCACCAGAGGCAAUAACUGCAAAUUCAUUGGGAGUCAUCAUUGUAGCAUUUGGAUUGGUUGUUUUGAAAAUCUUAUCCAAUCAGAUAUGGCAGCGUCCUGAGACAGGCUAUGAAGAGGGAGUUUACCAGCCACUGGGGUAUGAUGGAAGCUGAAAUGUCUGAAAUCUCCAUUCUGACUGAUCUGCACUCUUCAAUGGAAUCAACGUCCUCUUAUGUUACAACCAUUAGUCUUCCUGUUUCAAAUCAUACAGUGCACUGCAGUUUAAUGCAAAUCUUCUCUUUAUCAUGCGUUACAUUUGAUUUGACUGUACUGCUGCUGCUGUUGGUGUAGAGCACAAGGAAAAUGGUCAUAUGUAAAAUCACUGCUUGAUCGUCAGUGGUUUGUGCUUAUUUAUUAUAUGAGAAGACUUAUGUAAUAAAUGAUUGAAAUCAAGGAAAUA